AACGAGUUGAUGGCGGACGAAUAUUCGAGCCGACAGGACGUCAGUUGCACCCGACGGAAGGAGUCGAUGGACGAAUACCUGAGCCGACAAGACGAAGUGACGGCGUCGAUGCGUGCGAUCGUGGUGGACUGGCUCGUGGAGCUCCAGCAGGCCUUCGAGGUCUCCCACGAUUCCCUCUACAUGGCUGUGAAGAUCAUGGACCUGUAUCUCAUGAAGGCGCAGAUCUCGAAAUCCAAAUUCCAGCUCCUCGGCGCCACGUCCCUCUUCAUCGCCUGCAAGAUACAGGAGCGGAGUGGCCCGCUGGUGAACGAUUUCCUCUACGCCUGCUUCAACGCCUACUCAAAGGAGGAGAUGCUGGAGAUGGAGAGAGAGAUUCUCAUCCGGGCCAUGGACUUCCAGCUGGUCUUCCCCAUCUCCUAUCGAUUCCUUCGCUUGUUUGCUCUGGCGGCAGACCUUUCCUUGCACGAGGUGACGCUGGCCCGCUGGAUCCUGGAGCAGUCGCUCCAAGAGUCCAGCUUGGUGGGAUGCCACGACGAGAAACUGGCAGCAGCCUCGCUUUACCUGGCCCUACGCAUGGGGCGGACGAGCUCCUGGACCCCACUCCUCAAGCGGUGCUCGGGGUUCUCGCUGGAGGAGCUCAAGGACGACGUCCUCAAGCUCAAUCGCAUGCUGCAUCAGGCUCCGGAUCCUCGUUUAAAGACCAUCAGAGAGAAGUACUCUCAUCAGUGA